CCAGUUAGACAAGCUGAUUGAGAACAACAUGGACUUCAUACGUUUACUGUGUGCAAUUGUUUUGCUUUUCUUUCAACCCUGUCUAUGUGCCAGAGCAGAGAAUGAUAAAAAUAUUAGUAAACCAAAACUGAAAAGUUUGGAUCUUCUCUUAGACCCAACUACAAAUAUGGACUCUUCUAAUGUUACACCAACACAUUUCAGUUGCGUUAAGGGAAGUAACUCUGAUGUUCAACAACAAUGGAUUGCUGAAAUAAGUGGAAACAAAAUUGUCUUAUGUGGCGUCAAAAGGAAUUCGGGAGAACCGAUUGUCAUACUGAGGCGUGUUAAAGGAGGUGUGAAUUUUUCAAGGGGCUGGGUCGAUUAUAAAAUUGGCUUUGGAUCAUUUGAUGGCGAUUUUUGGAUUGGAAAUGACUGGAUUUCAUACCUUACACACAAUGGCUAUAGUGAACUAAGGUGUCACUUUAAAUAUAAAGGAAAAUCCAUGUACAAGGUGUACCGUGAUUUCAAAGUGGGCACCGAAGCAGAUUUGUACAGGCUACAUUUUAACAACAAGACUGACGACCCUCAAGAUCUGUUCACUUACAACAACGGAAUGGCCUUUUCCACAUUUGAUAGAGACAAUGAUAUUUCAAAACGUCACUGUGCUGAAAGAUGUGUUGGCGGCUGGUGGUAUAAAUCUUGCACUUACAUCAAAGUCACUGGAGAUUGGACACGUAUUAAUGAUUGUAAUGGAAUUCGGUGGUCCUCUAUGAAUGGUAAUAUUGAACAUCUGGAAUACGCAGAGAUGCAACUACAUCAAGUAAACCUAAAGUAAAAUAAAAACUGGUCUUCUUUAUCAUGAGGUAGACAUA